CUGUUGUGCACCUGUUUUGUCGUUCACAUAAUCACAUUCUCCAUCUUUAUAGUCUAUUCUAUCUAUCCACAAGCUUCGAGCCUUCGAUUGCUACUGCCAUCUUCUGUUUCUGCAUAGGGAGGAAGAAGAAGAAGAAGAAAGUGCUCGAUGGACCUUCAAACCCCAUGUAAUGCCUGCAUUGGGAUUAACCGGAAACAAGCCGUGCCUGGGCAAUCAUUUCCCAGAAGAAGCAUCAAAAUUCGUCGUAAAAUGAUUUCAGAGCUCCAAAUGCCUGUUGCGGCUAGCCGGGCCCCACAGCCGGCCUCUAUCCCGACCCACAAGGUCACUGUGCACGAUCGUCAGCGUGGUGUUGUCCAUGAAUUUCUCGUGCCCGAGGAUCAAUAUAUAUUGCACACGGCGGAGGAUCAGAAUAUAACUCUGCCCUUUGCUUGCAGGCACGGUGAGCGUAAUAUCAAAGCAGGCUGUUGUUCUUCAAUUUGCAUAUGCUUAACUAAACUAGUGGUCUCACAUUGUAAAUCAGCUAUUCCUAUACCAAACUGUUCAACAAAGGUUGAGAAUUUCCACGAUUCAGAACAGUCAUGUUCCGAACCUGGCUGCUGUACUAGCUGUGCUGUCCGUGUAAAGUCUGGAGAACUCAGACAGCCAGAAGCACUAGGAAUAUCUGCUGAAUUGAAAUCCCAGGGAUAUGCACUUCUGUGUGUGGGCUUCCCAUCAUCUGACCUUGAGGUUGAAACACAGGACGAGGAUGAGGUGUACUGGCUGCAGUUUGGAAGAUAUUUUGCUCGAGGGCCAAUUGAAAGAGAUGACUAUGCAUUGGAAUUGGCUAUGGGAGAAGAGUGAAGUGUAAAGCCAUCUUGUCUACAGUGACUAUAAUGAGGAAUUGUCCAGUUACACUUGUUGUAGAAUAGUGUAUGCGUCUUGUUCUGUUACUUGUGUGGCGAUUGCUAUUUGUUAUGAUGCGACGCGGACUACACCAACAUAAUUUUCUUGACUUGCAAUUGCAGAACAUCUUCAACUUGCAAAAAUGUUGAUAGACUUUGGAUUGGAAAUAAAUUUAAGAAAAUGUGUUAUGCUUUGGAAGGAAAAGUGCGGAUCUUUUUAUAUAUAAAGGAAAACUUUUUUAAUAUAAGUGGAAU